AUGGGCAUUUGUGCAUCACAUCACAUUGCGUCAACAAUCGGCGACGCUUUCCAGCAUUCGUUGGAUACACUAAGACAACCAGUCCUCUCGUUGUCGCCAAAUGGAACGGAUUUCACGUUUCUGAACGAUAAGCAAAGCAAAAGAGCUUUUAAUUGGUUAUUUGCUGGCUCACAAGUAUUAGGAGGUCUGGCUUUGGUAUUGGUGACGAAAUGGAUGAAUAACUACGAAGGCGGUUUCAUAUGGGGAGAUCCAGUGCGCACGUUCAACUAUCAUCCAGUUUUCAAUAUUAUUUCGGUAGUUCUUCUCGGUGAAGCCGUACUUGUUUACCGUGUGUUCCACAAUAAGGGCAAGAGGUUCAGUAAAACUUUACAUGUUAUUAUGAUGACGAUGGUGACGGCGUCGUCAAUGGUUGCAUCAAAAGCCAUUUAUGACACAAAGGUUCUGAACAAGAUACCACAUGCGAUGUCACUCCAUUCAUGGGUUGGUCUCGCCGCCAUUCUUGGUAUUGGAGGUCAGUAUGCCUUCGCGUUCGCCUGCUUCGUCUGCCCAACCCUUCCGCUGAGAAUUCGUCAGCUCUACAUGCCCUUCCACCAAGCGGGUGGUAUGUGGUUCUUCGCAACUCUAGCUCUCAAUGUAGGAAUGGGAAUUGCCCAAAGAGCCGCUUGGCACCACACCUGCUGGACUAAAGGACACAAACUUUGUGGCCAGCAGAUCAUCUCGAAUCUUCUCGGUGUUACUAUAUUCCUCUACGCAUCGACGGUCUUGAUCCUAGUAGCAAAUCCUAGAUGGAAGCGCAGCCGAUUGCCAGAAGAAGUGAGACCAGCCAUUGAAACCAAGGUUCUUGAAGAGGUGAGCAUAUAA